AUGAAGAUGACGGUAAAUCGAAUAAGAGUGGUGGUGCUGGGCAGUCCGCGAAGUGGAAAGUCGGCGGUGGUAGUGCGUUACCUCACGAAGCGGUAUAUCGGCGAAUACAGCUCGACUGGCGAUUUUCUUUAUCAGCAUCGCGUGGCAUUCGAUGGAGUGGUUUCAGAAGUUGAAAUACUUGACACCUCAAAUUGUGCGAUCCGCGGUUGCCUUGGUGAUCACGUGCGCUGGGGUGAUGCCUUCGCUGUAGUAUAUUCUGUCUGCGAACGCCGCUCGUUCCUAGCUGCUGCAGAACUCCUGUCACUGCUAGAACGGACGAGGCUCCCCGGCUGUGCCGCUAUCACCCUCUUGGGCAAUAAGCGUGACCUCGAACACGCGAGGGAGGUCCACGCGGAAGAGGGACAGGAGUUAUCGCUCCGUUUCGGGUGUCAGUUCUAUGAGGUGUCCGCGGCAGAAUCAUGCGCGGGCGCAGCGCUAGCCUUCCACGCGUUAUUGCGGGAGGCACGAGCCCUCGCCUUAUUAUUACCCGCUCCUAGGCGAAAACUCGCCGCCUACUCCGUUUCAAAGGUAAUCGGGACGAUUUUUGGAAAAAACAGCAAGAGUGUUCGAAAAAAACGACCAUCGCUUAGUAUCUAA